AUGUUGAGCCUAAAGGAAGCUUUGUCCAAGAAUCGUCUUGUAUUGGACGGUGCCAUGGGAACGGAAUUGGAAGCGUGUAUCCCUAAAGACUCCAAGAUCCAGCCUCGAAAGCAUCCAUUGUGGUCUGGGUUAGUUUUGCUCAACGAACCUAACUUGAUCAAAAAUGUCCACUAUAACUAUUUAGAACAGGCCGAUGUGGAUGCAUUGAUUAGCUCUACAUACCAAAUUUCGUACCCGAGUUUAAAGGAGCACACAGAUUUGGACGAUGAACAAAUCAGAGGGAUAUGGAAGAAGUCGAUAGAUGUUGUUGAAGACGCAAUUCUCCAGUACCGAAGCAAAAACAGCAAUUCUAAGAAGAAGAUUUAUAUAAUUGGGUCAAUUGGUCCAUACGCGACUUACUUGGCUGAUGGGUCAGAAUACACGGGAGACUAUAAGAAUGCAAGUGAUAGCGACAUAGAACUGUACCACCAGCCUUUACUUGAAUACUUUCUAGGUGACGAUAGAGUAGAUACCAUUGGCUUUGAAACCAUCCCUAGUUUCCAAGAAGUCAAGGUUGUCUUGAAACUAUUAUCGCACUUGUUUGCGGAACAAGAAAAACGCAAGUACUACUACAUCAGCUUCAACUUCGACGAGGCCACCAUCACAGACGGAACACCUACUGAAGUGGUUAUUUCGUAUAUCGAUAGUUUCUUGGACAAGUAUCCUUUCUUGCGGAAGUAUAUGGUGGGACUUGGACUAAAUUGUAUAGACUACCACAAGAUCGGAAGCAUUGUCGCUAAGAUCAACGAUUCCCAGACUUCAGCACAAAAGCCUUUAUUUCCACUUAUAGUGUACCCCAAUUUCACCAUAAAGUAUGUCCCAGAGGAAGACGACUACAGGGCUUACAAAGACAUAGAAAAGUGGAAGGAACUUGUUAGCGAGUGGGUGACAAUUCCCAAUGUGAGAAUGAUAGGAGGCUGUUGCAGCACCUCGCCCAAAGAAAUCAAAGAAGUGAGAAGAAUCAUUGGUACGUAG